ACUCAAAAUCACGCCUCACUUCGCUUCCCUUCUAAUUGGUUCCAAGCUGGGGACGGUGUCUGUGCUCACCUGCGCUAAUUGGGGAUAUAUCGCGGAAUAUCUAACCCUGAUUCCUCGGUAUUUAGACGUGGACUUUCUGCACAUUUUUUGGACAUUAAAAUGAGCGAAAAGUGGAGAUGUUUUGCUAAUUAAAAAGGAAGACUUCAGCGUGAACCGGGGCAGGCCGUGGCAAGUGAAGUGUGUGUGUGAAGCAGUGAGCAUUGGCAUUUUGACGGAGUGUGAAUGGAUGCAAGACGCACGCAUAGCGGAGCCGAAAUGGACCAGAAGUAUUAGCGAGCAAAUAGCACCAAAACCACUCCAGAUGAGACGUCGUUUAUAGCAGCGAGUUUUAAACAGGAAGACUUGAGUUUUUCUCGUGAACUCCUGAAAGAAAAUCGUUUAUUCCUCUCAACUGGAAAGGGAAAAGGGAAGCUGUCUACGUUUUGUAUUCUGUAGGCAUUUCGCUGUGGUGUGGUGGCAGUUCGGGAGAAAGACCCAGUAGCCCCGAAACGUCGUAUUUGUUGCGUUUGGAGGAGCCAUGGGUUGCACGGUGAGCGCAGAAGAUAAGGCCGCCGCGGAGAGGUCCAAAAUGAUUGACAAAAAUCUCCGAGAGGACGGCGAGAAGGCGGCUAGAGAGGUCAAGUUGCUGCUUUUAGGUGCAGGAGAGUCUGGAAAAAGCACUAUUGUCAAGCAAAUGAAGAUCAUUCAUGAAGAUGGAUACUCAGAAGACGAGUGUAAGCAGUACAGAGCCGUGGUCUACAGUAACACCAUCCAGUCCAUCAUGGCCAUCGUCAGAGCCAUGGCGUCCCUCAAGAUCAACUAUGUCGACGCUGCUAGACAAGAUGAUGCUCGGCAGCUGUUUGUCUUGGCCGCCACAGCAGAAGAGAAGGACAUUCUGCCGGACGACCUCGCCAACGUCAUUCGACGACUGUGGGCUGACGCGGGCAUCCAGAACUGCUUCACCCGCUCACGAGAGUACCAGCUUAACGACUCUGCCGCAUAUUACCUGAACGACCUGGAGAGGAUAGCCAAAGCAGACUAUAUCCCCACACAGCAGGACGUCUUGAGAACCAGGGUCAAAACCACCGGAAUCGUGGAGACUCACUUCACCUUCAAAGAGCUGCACUUCAAGAUGUUUGAUGUCGGAGGCCAGCGCUCCGAAAGGAAGAAGUGGAUCCACUGUUUUGAGGGCGUUACAGCCAUUAUCUUCUGUGUGGCUCUGAGCGCUUACGACCUGGUGCUGGCAGAAGACGAGGAGAUGAAUCGGAUGCAUGAGAGUAUGAAGCUGUUCGACUCAAUCUGUAACAACAAGUGGUUCACAGAGACGUCCAUCAUCCUCUUCCUCAACAAGAAGGACCUGUUUGAAGAUAAGAUCACCCGCAGCCCACUCUCCAUCUGCUUCCCCGAGUACACAGGAGCUAACAAGUUUGACGAAGCAGCCAGUUACAUCCAGACCAAGUUUGAGGACCUGAACAAGAAAAAGGACACAAAGGAGAUCUACACUCACUUCACCUGCGCUACAGACACCAAGAACGUGCAGUUUGUGUUUGACGCUGUCACCGACGUCAUCAUCAAGAACAACCUUAAAGACUGUGGCCUCUUCUAAAGGACAAUACCUGGCACACACAGACUGCAUGAGAGACUGCAAGAGAAAUGAGACGAUUACUGCUUUUCAUAAUGAAAACCAUAACAGACUUGACUCCAAGAGGGGGGACCAUUCAUCACAUGUUUCACAAUAUUCACACACACUUUUGUCUUAAUAUUUUAUGUUUAGAUGUGUAACUAUAUUCGGUCAGGGCUUUGCCAUACAUUCAUGUUGAGUGCCUGUAAAUAAUGGUUUCACAAAGAGGACUCUGACUGGACAAAAGCCAAUUGAAGACAGCACUCAAUGGAAAAAAUAAAAAAAUCUACUGUAUUGCAACUAGCUGAAGGCACAUUAGGCAGUCAAGAUAAUCCCCCCAAAAUGCUGGAUCAAUAUAAAUUCUGUAACUUUAUUAUUUAAAAAGCAAAAUCAAAGAUGAAAGUAUUAAAAUGCCUUUGGUGCAAGCUUAAAAUCAUGAGGAAUAUAUAGGCUGUAUGUUGUUUUUAAUGUUUUUUAUUAAGAUACAUUUUAUUUUAUUUCCCUUUUUUGUCAAUAAGAGUAGAUAUUAGAUUUUUAUAUCACAUAACUUAAGUUGACAUUUUACCUGAAACUGCACAGAGCCGAUUUUUCCGAAGUUUGAAAAGAAAAAAAAGCAUGGAGAAUGAUAAAGGGAUGCGCUAUGAAAAUGUCUUUUGUACAAUGUUUACACUGAACCAAUAAUCGGAGUUGUACAAUAGCGCAUUGUUCUGCAUGAGCUCCCUAGACCAGAAUAAAACUCCUCUCUUCUCUCACAAAAGAUGAACAAAAACAUUCCUACUUUAGAAAAAAAAACUUGUUAUGUGUCACUUUUAAUAUAUCUGCAAGAUUUUUAUUAAGUGGAUCUGUCUAUAACAUUUAGUUCUGUAUCCGGUAUGUUUCUUUCAUUUUACCAGUGUUUUAACAUGUUUGUGCCUUGAUAUCUGCGUUUACACUCGUUCUUUAGACAUGCUAUGUUCAUAUAGUGUGAAUUAGGGCUAUUUCUACUCCACUUGGGUUCACAUCAUUCACACGAGUUUGAAAAGCACCGCAGCAGCAGCACAGUGACAACAAAUGGAUGGUUAUAGUGCAAUGGUGGUCGAAAUGAAAUUCACUUUGUUCAUUGUAAAUAAACACAUGAUUGCAUAA